AAGACAAAAAAGCAUUUGCACAGAUGGAGAUUUAUACAAUAUAUUAAUGACAAUGUUAUUCUUGAGUUUCUGUGUACAGUACAGCUGAUUAUCUAAUUAAAGGGAGGCUUGUGUGUACUCCAGCAUGCGAUAGCUGCAAAAUAUAAAAUUGCAAAUGUACUUUCGAUUUUGAUUUACGGAAAUAUUUGAUUACAAUAUGAAUCUGUGGAAGACAAUAUUCAUUUUAUUUUAUUUGUAUAUUUUAAUACUUAUUCCUGUUUGUGCAAUUGAACCAAUUUCUGGUAUUUCUGCCGGUUUGGCAGUUGUAGUAUCGGCGUUAGUUAGUAAUUACCGUGGUAUGAAAAGUUACUUCUCAGAAUGCUGUGAUGACAGAUGGAUUAAGAAAAAUACGUCAGGUCUCAUGCCUUCAUUGGAGAAACAUCUGUAUGGCCAACACCUGGUCAUGAAAGCUGUUAUUAACCACAUCAGAGGUCACAUUAGAUCGGAAAACCCUGCUAAGGCCCUCGUUCUGUCUUUCCAUGGCGGGACAGGAACUGGGAAAAACCAUGUGAGCAGACUCGUAGCACAACACCUGUAUAACGAAGGGAUUAAAAGCAAGUUUGUGCAUCUUAUAUCCUCAACAAAGGAAUUUCCUCAUGAAGGAAUGGUACCUUUUUAUAAGGAUCAACUUCGGAGUUGGAUAGAAGGCAAUGUUAGUUCAUGUGCACACAGUUUGUUUAUUUUUGACGAAAUGGACAAGAUGCCAACUGGGUUGAUAGACACCAUCAAGCCUUAUUUAGAUUACUAUGAUAACCUUGGUGGUGUAGACUACAAAAAGGCUAUCUACCUGUUUUUAAGUAACACAGCAGGGCAGGAGAUCACAGAGUUGGCACUGAAAUACUGGGAUGAUGGGUCAACUCGGGAAGAUAUUACGCUGGUAGAUACAGAAAGAAUCAUCAUGACAUCAGCGGUGAAUACGAGAAGUGGCUUGUGGCACAGCGAUUUAAUCACGAAACAUCUCGUAACAGCAUUCAUCCCUUUCCUGCCACUAACCAAGAACCAUGUUAUGGAGUGCAUCAGAGAUGAGCUUGUUCGCAAAAAAUAUUUCAGUAAAAAGGAUUUCAUUAAAGACGAUUUAGUCAAUAAUAUUUUGAAGGAAAUGACGUUUUAUCCUGAAGACAAACGUGCAUUCUCUGUUACUGGCUGUAAGAGAGUAUCUGAAAAAGUGGACUAUAUUAUGUUGGAGUGAUCUCUUCCAUGUAAAGAUCUUUGCAAUAUUUUUUGUAAGGUGUAGAUGAAAUGAAGCAUGUUUUUUUCUAGCAGUUACUGUCACUGGUCUUGGAACCACAAAUAUACUUCAAAGACUGAGGUAAUAUUUGGUGGACCAUUGUACAAUUGUAUGCAGACCUUAGUUUCAACAUGUGAAAAUACACACCAAGUUUGGUUAAUCUACAUACCUGUAACACAUCUAAAUAAAGUUACAAGAAAGUGAAGAAAGAGCCUGUGACGUUGAAAUAGGGAAAUAUCCUUAGAAAUAGACUCAUGUUGGUCUUCAUUUAACUGUAGAGAUAUGUAUGUUUUUAAAAUGUAUGAAACAUAAUUCAGUAUUUAGUGUUAGAAACAUCAGGUUGACCAGAAACACUUCGAUGUAUGGAAAAGGAUAAUCUAAACUAUAGAAUUUAAGCAAUGUCUGAUUUCAAUUCUCAAAAACAGUUCUACCAGGUAAUAGUGAAAAAUGUGCUGUAGUAUAUAAAAAAUAGAGUCUGUCACUUUAAAAGUUGCUGAUCUUACUUAAAGGGACUAACCUGAAUUAGUAGCAAUUUUAAAAUGUUAUCAGCAAAGAAAAUACUUUUAUAUUAUUAAAAUUAUAAUUUACCUACAAUUGUUUGAUUAGAAUAUGAAUCUCUCUAUAACCAAUGCAUUUCUGGACAUCGUAAUUUUUUAAUAGUAUGAUAUUUUUAUUUCUAUAAAUUUUUGUCUGAAAUAAGUUCCUACUAUAAAUUUAUAAUUUGAAAUAAUUCACCCAAAUGUCAUUCCAAAUGUAUUUAUUUGUGUAAGGCUUUACAUUUCAAGAUGGUGUUUUAAAAAAAAAAAAAGAAGAAAAAGCAGGAUUUUUAAAUUUUAUUUUAUGGCGAGAACAAACGGAAGUCUUGAUAGAGCUGACAAGACAGGAUGGUCUCUUUAAGGUUUUCCAGGUACAUACCGUUUCUGUUUUGCAUAAAAUGCAUUUCAAGCUACAAUGGACACCUGGACAACAGGAAACAUUUACCAAAACUGAUAAUUUAAGCAAAAAGUUGUAAGUAAUAUGUAAUAUUUAACACUUUCUAAUACUAUAACAUACAUGUAUACUUCGGCUUUUCAAAAUCAGAAAAUCAUCUCCCAUUUUCAAUCCGUUAUUAUGACAUUGGACAUUUUGUGACUUAUUAGUGUCUGUCUGUGCACAACUGGGACCUCCUGUCAAAAAUAUUUAUCAAUGUUUUAUAUAUCAUUUUUAAAAUCUCACUUCGACUACAUGCUAUCAUUCAAUAAAAAUAUUCUAAUCAAUUCUAUUACCCGGUAGUUGAAUAUAAAAAUAGACAUGUUAAGUCUUCAUUUAUCUGUUAUUUGUUAGAGGUAUGUGUAUUUGAGGUAUAUGAAACAUACAUUCAGUAUUUAGUGUUAAAAACACCAGGUUGGCCAGAAACGCUUCCAAUGUAUGGAAACGGAUAAUCUAUGCUAUAAAAUUUAAACAAUGUCUGAUUUCAAUUCUCAGAAGUUUACCAGGUAAUGGUGAAAAAUGUGCUGUAGUGUAUAAAAACUAGUCUGUCACUUUAAAAGUUGCUGAUCUUACUUGAAGGGACUAACCUGGGUUUGUAGCAAUUUUAAAAGGCUUUUGGCAAAGAAGAUACUUUUAAAUGAUUAAAAUUACAAUUUACUUACAUUUUUUUGUUUAGAAUAUGAAUAUGUCUAUAACCAAUGCAUUUCUGGACAUCAUAAUGUUUUGAAGUAUCUCAAUAUCAAUUUGUGUUGAAAAUAAUUUUUUAUGUACAAAUUUAUUAUUUCUUCCAAUAGCCAAAUGAAAUUUGAAAUAAUUCAGCCAAAUGUCAAAUGUAUUGAUCCUUAUAAUGCUGUAUAUUAAAGCAUUUUAAAGUAAGAUAGUGUUUUUUGUUUAAAAAAAAACAGGAAAAAGUAGGAUAUGUUUUUUAUUUUGUUGGGCGGAACAAAUGGAAAUCAUGUUAGGGCUGACAACUCAGGAUGGUCCUUUUAAGGUUUUCCAGGUACAUAUCCUUUCUGUUUUGCAUAAAAUGCAUUUUGAGCUACAAUGGACACCUGAACAACCAGAAACAUUUACCAAAACUGAUAAUUUAAGCAAAACAUUGUAAAUAAUAUGUAAUUUUUUAACUGGGAUGAUUUCCCACCUGCAUGUACAUGUUUACUCCGGCUUUUCAAAAUCAGAAAAUCAUCUUCCAUUUUCUAUCAGUUAUUGUGACAUCUGACUUUUUUUUAUGUAAUGUAUUAGUGUGACUGUACAAAUAACUAGGGAAUUAGGCCAAAAAUAUUUAUCAAUGUGUUAUAUAUAUAGUGUAAAAAAAUCUCACUUCAGCUACAUGCUAUUCUAACCAAUAAAUUCUACUGGUAGAAUAAAAUAAUUUUAUGGAAAAAUCUACUGAGGAAAACUAGCAGAUUAAUUGUUUGACAUCAGUUAUUAUGGACAUGAUUUGUACACAAUGUCUGUACCCAUAAUUCUUUGACUGCAAAGAACUCCUGUGUUGAUGAAUAUGUGAAAUCCAGUUUUCUGUUUACUUCCUAGUUAUCUGUUUACUUCCUGUUUUUAUGUAAAAUUCUUGGAGAAGCCAAUGUUUGCACAGAGUGUCAGCUCCUUAUAGUUUUAAUACUCUCAACUUAAAUAUGCAAUGUUACAUGUGUGUGGGAUUGUAGUUAUUUAUCACAAGUAAAUGUAAAACUGGUGAAAUAUGGGACUAGCUUAUCCAAUAAGCAAGGCUAGCUCUGGAUGUGUCUAUUAAACUUUAAAAAUGACAAAUAUUACAUGAAAUUAUGACAAAUUAAAAUAAAAUUAGCUAUCGGUAAUUGUUUUUAAAAUGUGUGAUUGGCAGAUUUGGCGAGUGCCAGAGCUAGUUUUGAAUAAUGUACAUUUCAACUGACCAGUAAUACCAAUAAUAAUGUUAAUUAUUUACUUUUUUGGUGAAUGUAUAAAGGAUAUUUCAUGUUUUUUGUCAAAUAUGAACUAUAUCUCGAUGAGUGAAGUGUGCAGUAAUAUCACUGAGUCAUGGUUGUGCAUGUUAAUUAUUUGUUACUACAUGUAAUAUUAAAGGUGGGAUGCAUGCUCACCUCAAGGGCAUAGGGUCGCAAGAUUUAUCUCUCUUGAUUGAAUCAGGUUUUUCUCAUCCAAAUUGGUGCUCUAUGGCUGGUUUUUCAGAGGCUAUGGUAUGUACAGCUCUGCCUAUGGGUAAGUGCAUAUAAAAGAUGCCUUGCUGCAUAUCCAGUAAAAGUAGCUUGUGUGAUGGCAACAGGUUUUCUUUCUUUGUUUUUUGUUUGUUGUGAAAAGUGCUAAAAUAACCAUAUGUUAGACACCAAAUAUCCAUAGUUUAAAAUGUGCUGAAAAGUUGUUAAACAAACAUUUUCCUUUUUUAAGUAAUAUUAAACUAUAUUACUAUUAUUGGCUUUCUUUUAAUGACUUUGCAUGAUAAUCAAGUGACUUUCUGUAUGAAAUAUUUGUGGAUUUUGAAGUUGAAAAAUGUUACAUUGUUUAUAAAACUGGAAUACCUGGAGGUGAUACAAUGGAAAUAGAAAUAAAAGAAAACUGUUCUUAAA